ACCGUAAGCCAUCCCUUUUGCGCUCAAUUAGCCCCUGCGAUUGCAGUUCUGCAACCGAUUCCGCCUCCAAGCCGUUUGUGCGGCGCUUUUGCGGCUUUUGCGCCGUACCUGAUACUUGGUGCAUGACGGAUGCCAAGAGUGGCACACGAGCAGCGGCGUCCCCAAGCUGGAAACCAGCCACCCCCAGAACCUAAACCGCUUGCGGCUCAGGGCACAAUUCUCGGGUUGCGAGACCGAAACAACGUCAAUUGCGGGCAUCUUGCGAAGCAUUUUUUCCAUGGACUUCGACUGCUAACCUCUUAGGCGCUUAGUAACCCUAAUCCUUCAAAAUGCCUGCCGUCAGCCUCCCCGUCGUCGCUCGCGACACCUUCUCCCAGAUCGCCAAGCGCAGCAACUGGGCCAGCAGGAACGCCGGUGUCAUGGUCGUCUUCUGCAUCGUCUUCAUCGUCGGCGUCGGUCUCAUCGGCCUCUUCAUCCACAAGAAGCUGCAAGCCCGCAGGGAGAAACGCCAACAAAUCGUCUAAG